AGAUAGUCAGAUCAUUCAAUGGUCGUGUUCGCUAGGAAUGAUGUUUUAAAGGAUUUUUUAUGAGAAAUUAAAUGUUUGCAAGAUGAAGUCUCUGUACUUAAGAAUCCUACUUUGUACCAUUUUGCCAAUUUUCGUGAUACCAAAGGACCCAGAACAAAUAUUUUAUGGAGGCUCUAUCAGCUAUUAUCUUACGAAGUUAUCCACAGGAAAUGUGUCUGCUACAGUUGAGCUUGUCACUGGUUGGCAGUUAGGUAAAGGCCCAUGUGGCCCAAAUUGUUCCAAAGCAAGUAUCGGUAAAUCAACGUUACCAUAUCGUACACUCGUUGAAAGAGAUAAUGACGAAUACUUCGGGAAUUUUACAACAGAUUACAAGCUACAGACCGAAGAGGCAAAGCAAGAAAUUCGUCUAAUGAACUCAAUUGUAAAAGCUAACAUGACCGAGACUGUAAUUGCUGUAAGUGAGAACGCUCAAUGGGAGCAAGAACUCAUGACAUUUUCGUUUGAGCUGCUUCAAAACACAACCCACGAAGAUGUGAAUUUCGACGGCAAAUUCUGGCGACAUUUGACCUUUAGAAAUUCAUCAUCUGCUUGGCAUCUACAAACAAGAAUUCAACCCGGAAUACGGAACGACACGGGUGAACAAAACCACUGCCCAGUGGUCCUCACAAGACCAUUCUACAGAAUUUUACUGAAUCAGACGACUAAAAUAGAUCUUCCAGCGAUUGAUGAUGAUGGUGAUUUCGUGAAAUGCAAGGGCUCACAAUAUAUAGAAAUUGGAGAAUUAGAUCAAGCCAAUGGAACGAAUGUUUCGGAGGAAUGCUCCAUUGCCAUUAAUGCAUUCGAAUCCAAUGGGUACAAAAACGAUACAUGGAUAGCUGUUGCAAUUAAUGUCAAGGACUACCCGAAAACAGCUAUUUUAUUUGGAGAUCAAAUGCAGUCAUCCGAAUUUUCAAUGUGUACAACUGCAGCUCAACUUCUUAUAAAUGUCCUGGAUCAUUUAGUCACCCCAGUCUUUGUAAGCCCAACGCUAGAGGACAACCAUGUCUUUGUCAUAUAUGUCGGUGCUAUGUGGGCAACGGACGUUUAUGCACAAGCGCCAAACACAACAAUCGACGAGUUCACAGUGACAGGAAGACGUCAGGAAGGUAUACAUGUAUCUUCAUUGAGGAACCACAAUGAAAUAGGCCAUCUUGUUAGAUCGGUGCAGUUAUCUUGGAUCCCGGAUAACAAAUAUUCGGAACACAUUAUUUGUGUUACCGCUGUUGAUACUUACGGCGUCGAGUCCGGGCAACAACGUUGUUUUAUAAUCGAUCUUAGAACACAAGUAUUCAACUACACCUUAACACCAAGACAGGAUAAGCCAUAUUUUUUGGACGUACCUUCAACAGAAGAUUUGAUAAAAUGUCCGGCGGAAGCAACAUGCAUUAUUCCAAUUUUUGUGAAAUCAAUCAGAAAUGUUACCUUCGCCAGUAUUGUAGAAAGUUUCAUGGACUAUGCGGCAAUUGGACCAAUCCAAAGAGUUCUACGCAACGGAGAAUACGUUUAUCAAUUUGACUUUUCAUUUCGACAUUCGUUGUAUGAAAAAAUGCACUUGUGUUUAGAAGCUUCUGAUGAUACAGGCAUGAAAACAGAACAAUUAUGUUUUAAGACGUCAAUAGAGCCGCCAGACCCGUGCUUUAGUUCUCCUUGCAAGAACAACGCCCAAUGUCAGCAGAGAAACGAUUCUUCUGGAUUGUUCGAUUGCUUAUGCAUAGAUGGUUAUAGCGGAAAGUAUUGCGAAAAUGUACCUGCUGUCUGUAGCCCAAACCCUUGCAUUCACGGGACAUGCUAUGAUUCAACGCGACCAUUUUUUUGUUACUGUUCAGACGACGGUGUGAAUCCAAAUGAUUAUUCCGGCCCAUUAUGUGAAACAAAAAUAGAUGACUGUGCAACAAAUCCGUGCAAAAAUCACAGUAUGUGCAUCGAUGGUGUCCUCAGUAGUAAAUGUGAAUGUUUUACGAGAUAUAAUGGGACCGACUGUAAAGAAGAUUUAUGUCCUACAUCCAACAGUUCAACAACCUGCAGCGACAACAGUGGAUGCUCGCAGUUAUGCAGAAACUCUGGAGUCUGUUUUAAAGGCGAGUGCAAAUGUACUGUAGGAUUCACCGGCCCCGCAUGUGAAUACCGUGUGGGAAACGUUUCAGCGAUUUUAGUAUCUAUUGUAUGA